GGAGGUUGAGCACCCUUGAUGAUCUUGCAGAAGAUGCAGGCGGCGGACAUUUUGGUUGACAUUUGCCAACUGAGAAGUUUCAGGUGAGAUGAGACGAAGUUGUGAGGGUGUGUGAGUGAGAGAGCGGGGGAAGAGUGACGUAGCUCUCUCCCCUGGCUAAGGUGAGGUUCGAGUUGAGGCUUGGCGGGAAGCUGAGCUAAGGAGCUAAGCUGUUUUGGGCAAAAGGGAGGCUUGUAGCGCUUCAGAAGAUAUAUCGAAUUACAGAUAUAAAGACGCUUUGAUUUCCAGGUUGCUUGACAGGUUCCCUCAUCAGGUAGUCAGGCCCAAAAGACCAAGACCCUGUUACACAUCUUCUGCGGCGCAGCCCAAAACCCGGGCGCAGCAGCAAGACGAGACAGUUACCCCGCAAACUGCCCACUCUCAGCAGCCCCACGGAUCACGAAGCUGUGUUUGGACCCCGCCAUCCAGCCAUCACUGCCGCCUUGCCGCGCAAACUCAUACCUGAUCUACAUUUCUUAUUACACCUGCCCAGUCGCAACCUGUGUCGCAAACCUCCUUUCCUCUCCCCAGCUCCAUCACCAACCUACUGCAUCUCCUACACUGCCCGACAGAGUACCCUCUCCAAAAUGCCCCGCCACACCUUCCAACCAACCCCCCUCUUCGGUGGCGCCCUCACAGUCGACCUCCCCACCAACUUCGCCGACGUCUCCAAGCUCCGCCAAGUCCCCGACAACCAAGAAGUCUACAUCGACAAAGACGGCUUCACCUCCAUCAUAGUCGACAUCACCGAGCGCGUCUCCUCGUCCUCGUCCGACGACCCCCUUGAGCGGGACGCCAAAGCCCUGACCACCCACCUCGAGGAGCUCGUCGGCGUCGAGGACGCGGCCGAGACGGUUCAGGUGUGGAAUACAACCGAGACUCAGAUCAGCCACCUCUCGGAAGAUAUCCCCGCUUACACCUUGAUCGCGACGCAAACACACAGGCAGCGAGAGGGAGAGAGACAGGGCGCUCCCGACUUUACCGCGUUGAUCCUGACGCUGAUCAGGCUGAAGAAGGAGCAGACGGACAUCCUCGUGACGAUCAAUGUGCCGCACAUCAAGGGGGAGUAUGACGAGGAGGAGAUUGACCUGGCGAUGGGGAAGCAGGGCGAGCUGAUUGGGGAUGCGGUCGAGUAUGCGGCGAGGAUUUGGGAGAGUUUUGAUGUGAAGGAUUGGGGGUUGUUUAACGAGAUUUAG